AUGAAUGAUGUGAGCUUGCCUCCACCCCCACCGCCACCACCUCCAGAAGAAAAUGGGGAGGCGUUUGAUGGCAACCCCUUUGGAUCCCUUGUACAGCCUUCGCCUCUUGUGUUGAGGUGCAAAGUGGUGUUGCUCGGAGACUCUGCAGCUGGCAAGACUUCACUAGCCAAAGUGUUCCAGGGAGGUGCCCAAAGCUUUCCCAAGAACUACAACAUGACGAUAGGUGUCGACUUUCUUGUGAAGCGUGUCAACAUUCCUGAGACAAAUGUUGCAGUUGAACUGUACAUUGUUGACUGCGGUGGCUUUUCCGUUUGCCAGGAUGUCUUGAGGCCACAGUGGGAGACAGCAAACGCAAUGAUGCUAGUGUAUGAUGUUGCCAAUCCUGAGAGCUUCAGUCACCUAGAGGAUUGGUAUGCUCAAUUGAAGUACGCCCGAGGCGAGCCGGCCAUUUCAGGUGUCGUAAUCGCGACGAAAACAGAUUUGAUGGAUCGGCCUGGCUGCAUUUCAGUGGAGAAGAUCAUGCCUCGCCGCCGCUCUGCCUCCUGCUCCCGCCACGGACGUCGAGGGCCAUCAGUUCUGCAGCCAGAGAGGCCUCGAGUUAUUCGAGACGUGCUCUUCAAAAGGAAUAGUGGAUGCGCCGUUCCACUUCUUGGCAGAGCGCUUCUACCAGAAGUACGGAGAGCGGAAGGGGGAGCUGGAGAAUCUUCAUUGAGAGCAUGA